AUGGCGCACUCUUGGAAACCGCCUUUGACACAAGAGGAGUUAAAUGAAGAACAAUUUGAGGGGCAAACAUCUUACUCCAUGUAUCAUUUUGUUCCUGCUAGCCAGGUCAGCCUAGGCCUGGAUCAUAUAGCUGGUGAAGUCAGCAGUGAAAUGUCCUUUUAUGGUCCAUCAGAUUCACAUGGUCCUGAAGAAAAUGAGUUUUUCACAUCAAAAGUAUUUGACUUAAAUGCAGCAGAACAGCAUUUUUAUGGAGUAAAUCAACCUUGGGUUCCUGGUGAAUUUUACUUUGGAAGUCCUGUAUCUCCUUGGCAACAAACCACAGGACCACCAGCAGUUGGUUUCAGACCUUCUUUGUUACCAAGCUGUUAUAACUUCAGUGUUGAAGAUUCCUACCCAACAUAUCCCCUCGAAACAUACUACAACUACGAUGCAUGUAAAAGAAAUAGCUCAAGUCAAAUUGAAGGUGAAUUUGGCUCAGUUGUGGAAGAAAAUGAGAACAAGUUGAAUUUCCAUAUAGGCUUUGAACAUACAGAUGCUCAGUAUUUGAUGUUCUCAGGUGAUAGUCCAAAUGGACAAGGAAUGAACAGUAGAAGUGGGGAUGCCAGGACUCCUUUCCCUGUCAGCUAUGGAGAAGCUUACUUAACAGACUCUUCCACAAGAUUUACCUUGGACCCUCUCUGGCCCAGCACCUCUGAAAACUCUGUAAACAACAAAGAGCUUGCAGGUUGGUCAAUCCAGCUGGUUGAAGUGGAUCAAGGGAGUAAUGAAACCACAGCCUCCUUUUGCAGUGCAGUGAAGAAAAUACGAGAUUCAUGUCCUGCUUUUGACUUGAAGAAAAACACUGGGAAGAUCUGGAGUGUUGCAACAAUGGUCCCAGACCAGAUCCUUUGUAAAUCAAAGUUGAGAAUAAGCAUUUUGACAAACUGUUCCUCACAGCCACUGCAUCUUACACCGUAUGCUAGCUGCAUUGUCCGUGACUUAAUUGCAGAGAUCCUCCGCUGCACAGAUCAAUAUCCAGAGCAGGAAGAGUGUUUUCUCAUUGUGUGUGGGUCUGAUGAAUUUUUACAAAAGUAUGUGAAUCCCUUAAAACAUGGUGGUAAUGCCACUCCAGAGGCACUUCCUGUGGCAGCUGCAAAGCAAGCUAGAGGCAGAGAUCUUCAGAACAGUCAUAAGGAGGGAGCACCACUACAGUGGUUUUCUUGCUUUGCCAAGUUUGUGAGGGCACCUGGUAGAGCUAAGGAUCAAAGACACCAGCCCCAGAAGCCAGGCCACCAAUCCAGUAAUGCUUACAUGCAGCAUGAAGAUGACCAAAGUCAGUUUAAUCUGAAUCAGCUGUUGGGAUAUCCAUGUAUUUGGAAACUAUCCAGAAGUAUCCUCCCCAGCGCUUCUCAGUUGACAGUUGGAUACUUUCCUGAGGUCAAAGGAGGCCAUAUAAUGGCAUUUAUGUUCUUGGCAUUUUUCCUGCAACUGGCAAGCAGUGAAGAUGAUCAUGUCAAUUGUGCCUCAAUGCCUGAAACACACACUGAGAUUCCAGGAGGAGCUCUUCAGCAAUUAGAAGGAAACAGUUCUUGGAUUAUCAUCAAAACUUUUGAAAAACCUGGUCCAAAUUUCAGGUAUGGGACAAAAACUGAAAAACUAGUGAUACCUGAUUUGCAUCAGCAGCAGAAAGUGGAUAGAGUGAUUGAAGAAGUCAAGGCAAUCUGCAGUGCCCUCUCUUCUGUGGAAACCAGGGAUAUUACUGAUGCAGUUGAGAAACUCCAUUCAGUGCCUCUUGGGAAAGCGCAGAUUUCUCUUCAAAAUGUAGAAACUCCAGUCCAAGUCUUAAUAGAGAACAUUGUGACAGAGCUGUCUGCAGCCAUCUCCCACCUCAUCUAUAUUUACAGCAGAAGCUUUGAUACAAAUUUUCAGCCUGCAAUAAUCCCUAGCAGCCCUGUGUGUGCUGAUGUCAACCUGGAUUCCCACCUUGGCUUCAUUAUUUAUGCAGCCCAUAACAUCCCCGAAGCCUGGGUGAAAAGCUACAGAGCUUUUUCUUUUUCCUGUUCAUUAACUUAUGGUGGGAAGACAGUAUAUCAAAUGAGGAACUGCAAAAAUACACCAGUAAAAAAAUCAUUCUUUUUCUUGGCAAACUGGAAUGAAAAGGUUACCUUUCCUCUUCGAAUAAAGUCUCUUCCAAGGGAAACUAUAUUGGCAAUAAAACUAUAUGGGGUAAACUAUGCAUCUCAAAAUACAGAAGUACUUGCUUGGGCAUGUUGUCCCUUGUAUCCAAAGCAAAGGUUCAUUCAUGGAACUGUGUUGCUUAGCAUGGCAUUGUACAAUCACCUUCCAACAACAAUGCUCGCACCGGGUAUCUGUAACACAAGUUUACCAGCACCAGUCACACUGCAGAUUGACUUUCCAGAAACUAAUUUGGACUUCAUUAAACCAGAGCCUGAGGAGGAAAAAAAUGACCUUGAAGAGCCAACUAAAGAGUGCCUGAAGCAUAUCAGACAGCUUUCACAGAAGCAUUCUCUCUUGCUACUCUCAGAGCAAAAGAGAAGAUUCUUAUGGUUUUAUCGUUCCUAUUGUAAUAAUGAAAAUUGCUCCCUUCCUUUGGUCUUGGGCAGUGCACCCAGCUGGGAUCGAAAGGCCAUCUCGGAAAUGUAUGCAGUGUUAAGGGAUUGGAGAUUUUCUAACCCUUUGGAGGCACUCGGGCUUCUGACUUUCAGUUUUCCAGAUCAAGACAUUCGCAGAACUGCAGUCCAACAAAUAGAAAAUCUGUCAAAUGAUGAAUUGCUAGAAUACCUCCCACAGCUGGUUCAGAUAAUUAAGUUCGAAUGGAGUCUUGAAAGCCCCCUAGUGCAGUUCCUUCUAAAUCGCUGUCUUCAAAGCAUUCAAGUAACACACCAACUUUACUGGCUGUUAAAGGAUGCACAGAAUGAAGCUCAUUUCAAAGGCUGGUAUCAGAAGCUGUUGGCUGCUCUCCAAUUCUGUGCUGGCAAAACCCUGAAUGAUGAGUUUUCUAAGGAGAGCAAACUUAUCAAAAUUCUGGGAGGCAUUGCUGAAAAAGUAAAGGCUGCCACCAAUCCAAGAAGACAGGAGGUGCUAAAGAUGGAAAUCAACAGACUUAAACAAUUCUUCCAAGAGGUAAAUGUUUGCCGGCUUCCCUUGAAUCCUGCACUGGUUGUACAAGGCAUAGACUCAGAUACCAGUUCAUAUUUCACAUCCAGUGCUUUUCCAUUGAAAAUCUCCUUCAUCAAUGCAGAUACAGCAAGUAGAAAUAUCAAUGUGAUUUUUAAGAUGGGAGAUGAUCUACGUCAAGAUAUGCUGGUUCUGCAAAUUAUUCACAUGAUGGACAGGAUUUGGAUUCAGGAGGGACUGGAUAUGCAAAUGAUCAUUUAUAGAUGUUUAUCUACAGGAAAAGGCCAAGGAUUGGUACAGAUGGUACCAGAUGCUACAACUCUAGCCAAAAUCCACAGGGAGUCCGGACUGAUAGGACCAUUAAAAGAAAACACCAUUAAAAAAUGGUUCAGUCACCAUCACCCUUUGGAAUCAAGUUACCAAGAGGCAGUAAGGAAUUUCUUCCAUUCCUGUGCUGGCUGGUGUGUUGUUACCUUCAUCCUGGGAGUCUGUGACCGACAUAAUGACAACAUCAUGCUAACAAACACUGGCCAUAUGUUCCAUAUUGAUUUUGGAAAAUUUUUAGGUCAUGCACAAAAAUUUGGAAGCAUUAAAAGGGACCGAGCUCCUUUCAUCUUUACUUCAGAGAUGGAGUAUUUCAUCACAGAAGGUGGAAAAAACCCUCAGCGCUUCCAAGAAUUUGUGGAGCUUUGUUGUCGAGCUUAUAAUACAGUCAGGAAGCACAGUCGGUUGCUCUUGAACCUGUUGGAGAUGAUGCUGCAUGCAGGAUUGCCUGAGCUGAACAGCAUCCAGGAUCUGAAGUAUGUGCAUAAUAACCUUCGUCCACAGGACUCAGACCUCCAAGCCACAAGCUACUUUACCAGAAAAAUAAAGGAAAGUUUGGAGUGCUUUCCUGUCAAACUGAAUAACCUGAUUCACACACUUGCACAAAUGUCACUGACAGGCUCUGCCAAACCUUCACCUUCUGACAUUGUUCCCCGAGAUGCUGAGGUGCUGAAUACAGAGAGUUCAAUUGCAAGAGCCACCAUUUUAGGGAUCAGCAAAAAUUCUGCCUCCCUGUAUCUAGUCCAAGUUGUACAAACCUGCAACACUGCAACCUUUGUGGAAAAGUCAUUUGACCAAUUUUCAAAACUUCAUGGCCAUCUACAGAAGCAGUUUCCAUGGCAUUCCCUCCCAGAGUUCCCUCACUGGUGGCAUUUACCAUUUAGAGAUCAAGAACAUAAAAGAAUGAAAGACCUGAAUCUCUAUCUUAAGCGGUUAUUGAGUGGACCCAGCAAAGUGGCUAACAAUGAAUACGUACUUAGCUUUUUCCUGGAUGGGUCGAAAAAUGACACAUUGGAAGAAUCCUCAUUUGUUAAUCUGGGUCCUAAAUCUCCUGAUCAUAAACCUGGAGUACAGUUAGUUCUUACCUAUGAGGGGACCCGUCUGACAAUAUUGUUGAAACACAUGAGGAGCAUUCAUCUCCCAGAUGGCUCUCCCCCAACUGCACAUGCUGAAUUUUAUCUUUUACCAGAUCCCAAUGAAGUCAGUAGGAAGAAAACAAAAGCAGUUCCAAAAAGCACUGACCCUACUUAUAAUGAAAUUGUUGUAUAUGAUGCUGUAACAGAACUCCAAGGACGUGUGCUAAAGCUUGUUGUGAAAAGCAAAGGAACAUUUCUGGGAGCUAUUAACAUUCAACUGAACAGUGUCCAGUUAAAUGAAGAAAAGUGGUACCCAUUGGGGAACAGUAUAAUUUGAACAUUGCCUUGGACAAUUACAUUAUUUAUUCAUUAAUAUUUCUUUAUCUGUUCUUAUGGGCAAUAUUGUUAUAUUAGCUGACAUAUUUGCCUUUGAGAAUAUAAUGUACAGUAGGCCACUAACCACAUACAUUAAGUUACUAAUCCCAAGGAAAGUAUAACCACUUUUUCAUGGCCCAUUGCCAUUCAACUCUCUCCAUAUAUUUGCCAUCCUCUACUUGAAACAAGUUUCCAUUAGCAUGGGUAUAAGAAGGCAUGUGCCAGUAUCUUGCAGCAUUCAGUUGCAGUUACCUGGGGCAACAUUUUCUAUGGCAACAAGUAAGAUUUUUGUUCCUACUAAACACUGUUGGUCAUAUACUGCUAGAUGUGUUUUGUAUAAAAAGUAAAAUCAAAACAUGGCUGGAACUUGAUCCAAAGCCAA